GCAACCCACUGUCUCUCACUCUCUCUUGGUUUCUCUCACUCUCUCCCGAUCACUCCGAGGCCUUUCUUUCUUUGAUUCUACCCCAUUCUUUGCUCCUCUCACGGAACACACCAGAAAGAAAAUUAAUCGCCUCGCCACACCAGCGUUGCAUUCCACUUUUCCAUUCCUUCUUUUGCCGUUAUUCUACCUGAAGCCCCUCCCCGCUUCUUUGCUUGCGGUCCCAGCGUUUCAUCCCAGUACAAUAGCUUCGAUGAUCAUCCUGUGCCGGUGCUAGAGCGCAGGGCAACAAUCUUUUGACUUUGCCUUCUCACCUACUACCCCGAUCCGAUGGCGUACAACGGCUUCCCUAAUAAUGGCGGCUCAUAUCCCCAAUAUCCACACCCAAACCAUUUGAAUGCCAACGAGAACCGCGCAUCCGCAUACACUCCUCCAUACCCAGCGCAAUACCCAGCGCAAUAUGGUACUGACCAGCCGAAUAUCCCUCAGCCCCAGGUGCCUCCCCGACCCUCCUCGCCGGGCAACUAUUACAACAAACCGCCAUAUGACCCCAAUGCUUGGCAGCAGCCCCAGCAACAACCCCAGCAACAACCGCCUGCCGGAAGAAUUAAUGAGGCUGUCAACUCGGCCUUCCGCCAGGCUGAUACACCGGCAUAUUUGUCUCCGGAUGUGGUGUCGCAGAUCACGGCGACGGUCAUACAACAGCUGAAAGCAACGGGCUUGGACGGUUUGCACGGCGAUCAACAGCACCCGUCAGUGUCGUCGCCGCAAUGGGCUCCUCCUCCUCCCCCGCAAUCCGUUACCCCCGCCUAUGGAGAAUCGACAUAUCCCACCACGGUUCCCCAAGCUGCUCCUCCACCGCCUCCGCCCAAGGUCGGCUCCGAUACUAGUGACUAUCCGACGCCCGUGCCGCCCACAGGGCGCCCAGCCAGUCCCCAUCUCUACCCGGGCCCAUCGUCUGGACCUUCGACCGACCGCCGCGGCUCACCUGCGAGUCAAUUCAGUGAUCAUAGCCAUAGCGUGGAAUCUUCUCGGCCAAAGGCACCAUCGCGAGAGGUUACAGUGACGGAGAUGACAACGUUGGAGAAGAUCUGGGGCAAACUGUUUGAGAAGGGCAAGCCAACGGAGAGGCUGGGCCAGCUUCUACGUGGAGUCGCGGUUCAUCUGAUCGAGGACUAUCCACCUGGCAACACCCUGGUGGUUACUCCUGAGAAACUGCAGAAGUUCUACGAGGAUACCAAUAUACCGUCUGAUCCUUAUCCCUGGCAAGACAUCUUCGAUGACCGUACCUCUUCCAUCUCAAGGCUGUUCCGCGAAGUGGAGGCGGAACAUCACCUCGUGCAGAAUAAGCUGAACGAGAGACCGGAUAUUCCAGGCUUGACCCCGCGGGGGUUCGAGCGAUGGGCUACUCUGAUGAUUCAGGCCCACCCGGAGAAGGAGUAUGAGCGCUUCCAGAAUGCCGUUUUGAAUAUGCCUAUCAACAAUCCCGACAAUCGAAGAGAGCGCUUCCCGAAGGAAAUUCCACGACGACUGUUCCCUGACAUUCCUAACUUGUCGCUAAGGGAAGAAGUUGACCAGUUCAUCAUGCGACACUGCGGCGUCGACCUGCCUCCGAUUUCUGAAGAGGAAUUGAAACAGGUUGCGGAACAACGUCACAAGAAGGCUGCACGCAAGGCUUCAGUGAGCUCAGUGGAUUCUACUGCGUCGCUGAGUGAGCGCGAGCGUCAGCCAUACCAUACCACAUCAGCAACCGCCUCGACGGCUGCUGUAGUCGACGAUGAAGAGGACAAGGAGGUGCCUUCGCGACCAAUCGAGCGCCAAAGAAAGCCAUACACAGCACACGUCGGCGGCGGAAAGGUCUACGACGAAGGAGGCUCUGGCCCGCACCGUCAUGCGGGCUCCACCACAAGCUCUGGCCCACGAGACAGUCCCACCUUGUCUGCCACCCGCGUGCCAGACACCUAUAGCCAGGACGCUCCUCAUUACCGCGUGGGGACUCCCUCGUCACAGCGCCCGGCAACUGCAUUCGCCCGGCCGCGCAGCCCGCGAGGUGGCAACGGUGGUACCGACUAUCGUCAUUCGGAGAGUGAUCUCUUGGCCCACAGCGGAAACAGCAGAUAUCCCGAUGGGGAGUAUUACUACCGAUCGAACAACCCCGCGCAUCCGGGAGACAUCAUCGAGGACCGUCGCCGGUACAAGGACCUUGACCCGGAGACCGAGGAUCAGAGACUCUACGAAGCAAUCCGGGAGCGAGACAAGGAGAAGAAGCGGAGCAGCUGGGGUGCAGACGAGGACUAUUAUGGCAGCAACCCGAUCAGCGGCACCGGCAGCACCGGGUACGAUUACAAGACAUAUGGGUACCGGUGAAUUUGAAAUUCUUUGCUUUGUUGCGCCUAGUUUUGGUCUGUCUGUUUUGGAAAAGAUAUCCAUUGUGCGUGCGCUGUGUUUUCUGUUUCGAUAGCGCUGUGGUUUUGAUGCUUGUUACGACAUGAUGAUAACGUUUACGACUGACCCUUUGCU